AUGGAUGAGGUUAUCGAGCCGGGCCUCCGGGACUACCCCGGCGCCCAGGGUGCACGGAGUCCGGUUAAUUAUGCAGUCUUGCAGGAUGGAGACGUCGCAGACGCCGAUUCCGACGUGGAAGACCUCGAGCAAGACAUUGAGAAGCUCAACGUAUCAGUGCGCGCUUUCCUGGCGUCUCAGCACGGCGUGGCGCCGCGUGCCAAGUCCCCGACGGCGGGGGCGGGCGUUCGGCGCCGCGCGGGCCCCGCAAGGCGUGAUUCGCAUCAACGCCGAGACGCACCAGGCGUGGACGACGCUGGGGUCCAUCUUCCGCGAGGAGGGGCGCUCGACAAGGCGCUCAUGUCCAUGGUGUACGCGGCGCACCUGCGGCCCAAGGACGUGCAAGAGUGGCUCAAGUGCGCCUCGUUUGCGCUCGACGUGGCCGAGGAGCACCCCGGCGUGGACCUGAACACGGCGCGCAUGUGCUACUCGGCCGCCGUCAACGCAGACCCGAAGAACAUGGAUGCCCGCGUCGUCCGGAAGCUGGCCGAGGCGUGCAUGGAUUCCAAAAACGUGGCCGAGGCGGCCUCGUCGGCGAUCGAGGCCUACGAUUUGUACCUGGGCAACCGGGCCGCGCUGCCCAUCGCCUGGUACGACGUGGGUAUCUACACGGAGCUGCUGGCCUAUGCGAGCCGCUACCGGGACGCCGUCUCCCGGCUCAAGUCGCUUUCUCGCAGGCUCCUCGGCCGCGGGGACGAGGCGUUUUGGGACCUGUGGGACGGGGAUGAUCGGGAGUUUGAUGAGGCGGACGAGAGGCGGCUCGAGGUGUCCGACAUCACCUCAACUUGGACGAUGCCACCUCCUGAAGGGGAGUCGUCCGCUGCAGAAGAGUGUUUCCUCGCGGCCAUCGAGGCCGACGUAGACAACAUCGACGCCCGCGUCGAGCUCGCCAACCUCUAUUCCACCGCCCACGAGGACGAAGAAGCCCUGAUUCUCGUCAACGAGGCCAUGACCCUCCAGGAGACGCAAGCGGCCCUCGCCGCCGGGCCGGAUAAGGACAAGCUCAAGGCUCUGCCGCCCUCGCGGCGAUCCUACUACCUCCACCGGCCCAAGGGUGCUUCGGUGCGCUUCAAAGCCAAGCCCUCGGGCGUCAUCCCGGCGCGCUACCGCCCCAAGAGGCUGGUGGAUCCGGACAUGAGGCGGCGGGAGGAGGUGGAGAGGGCGCAGCGGCUCUCGACGCAGUACCUCACCGUCCAAGACCUCAAGGCCAAGAUCCGCGAGGGCAGCGAGGAGCUCGUCCCCGCGUGGAUGGCGGCGGCCAAGGAGCUUAUUGACGACUUUAGGUCUUACCGAAAAUUUUACUCUUGGGAUAAGUACCUCAAGUUUUUGGGCAGGACCAACGCUACCUUGCAGCAGCGUGAAACGGGCCAGCUAUCCAGCCUCGAUGUCAUCGCCGAACGGCUGUCAAAAGAUGCUGCGGAUGGAGGGCUCCGCGACUCGGACUUCAACGAGUACCAGGGCAUUUCGUUUGGUAACUGGCUUGACCUGUUCCUGGACUACGCCUUGAGCCUAGCUGCUACCGGCCAGUACGAGGAGUCGUACAGGGUGUGCGAGGCGGCAAAGGACUCUACUGUCUUUACCGUGUCGGAAGACAACGUCUUCUUCAUCUACAUCACCUGGGGCACAUGUGCCAUCUACGCCGGCGACGAGGAGACGUGCGUGUCCAUCUCCCGUCAGAUCAUGCGCGAUCACAUCCUCUCCUCCGACUCCUUCCGCCUCUUUUCCCUCCUAUGCCGGCUCUGCCAGUCUUCCAUCUCGUGGUACAGCUCCGGCCCGGCGCAAAAGUUCAUCCUUAGACAGAUCAAGGCCAUGGACGCGGCCGUCGCCGCCUCCGCCGAUGCCCCGCCCGGAGCCAGUCGCUCGCACCUUGACGUCAGCCCGCUGAUGUUGUACGGCCAUAUCCUCUUUACCUCUACCAGCUACGUCUACGCUAUCCACUACUUCCUCCGCGCCCGCGCCCUCGACCCCUCGAACCCCGUCAUAAACCUGUCCCUCGGCCUCGGCUACAUCCACUACGGCCUCAAGCGCCAGGCCGUCAACCGCCAAUACCUCAUCCUCCAAGGCCUCGGCUUCCUACUCGACUACUACCGCGACCUGGGGCCCGACCGCGCCGACGAGGCCAACUACGGCCUCGGCCGCACCUUUCAGCUCCUCGGCCUGCAGCACCUCGCCCUCCAGUACUACAAGCGCGUGCCCCUCCGCCCGCUGGUUCCCCGCCCCGGCGACCCCGCCUUCCCGCCCGAGCAUCAGGCCACGGACACCUACGACGAGGACGGCGGCGAGAGGCGCCAGCACGACGGCGGCAGGGUGGUUAAGAUGGCCACGGCCUUCAACAUGUACGUCUCGUACGUCAUGAGCCGUGACCUAGAAGCCGCCAAGGAGGUGUUGAGAUGUCUUGUUCUCUAG